AGACGUGAAGGCAAAGCAGAAUCUCUGCAACGCGAGAAGAAGAAGAAGAAGUAGAACUGAUCACGGACGAGUGGGGGAGUCGUGGAGGAUUGAAUCGGCCGAGUAAUUUGAGUGGAGUUUCUGGGAAAAUUUUCAGUGUUUGCAAAUAUGGGUGACGUGAAGAACGGAAAGCUUUACGUAAUUUUGUUAUUGGUGAUAUUUUGUGUGUUUUGUGAUGCUGAGUCGGGGGAGAUGGAAAUUGUUGGUGGUCAGAGAAAUGGCAGCCAGAACAGCGCGGAGAUCGAGAGUAUCGGUAGGUUUGCUGUUCAACAGCAUAACGAUAAGCAGAACGCUGUUCUCAAGUUGGUGAGAGUAGUGAAGGCGAAAGAACAGGUUGUGGCCGGUAAAAUCUACUAUCUUACCCUGGAAGCAGCCGAUGGUGAGAAGAAAAACUUAUACGAAGCGAAAGUGUGGGUGAAGCCAUGGAUGAACUUCAAGCAACUUCAGGAAUUCAAGCCUGCAAAUGAUCAUUGAAGAUUCCAUCAGUUUCGAAGUUACAUUGACAUUAAAUGAGGAGAUUCGACAAAAGAGACUCAGUUUCAUUGUAAGCAAGUAGUAUGACACUAUGAAUGAUAACUAAUGAAUGGGAAAAUAUACAGUAUGCAAUGCAAUAUAUGUGUAAACCGUAGGUUGCCUUUACCUUGACUAUGAAGUAUCUGUAUACUGUCAUCUGAUUUCGUACAUAAAGUAAAUAUGUGCCUAUUUUGAUA